AUGAUAUUUUGUCAGAACCCACAAAUUUACAUCAUGUUAAACGUGGUAUACAAACUAAUGGUGAAGAAAUUGUUGUCGAUAAUGAUGAUGAAAUAAGUGGUCAACGAUCAAACGUUCACAGUUUAUUUUCAUCGGCGGGAAAACGUGGUUCAUCACAUGAAACAGAAAUAUCUGAAAGUGUAAUGUUGGCUACUAAUUCAGUGGGUGAACCAGUAUUCUCAUUAAGAAAUCCUGAAGAAUAUAGAGGACCGGAGGUUGUACAACGUUCAUUAAAAGGUAAACUUGUUGAGGAGUCAAUAAUUAAUAUUGAAGAUAGUUUAUUUGAAGACAUGAGUAGUAAUGAAGCAGGUGGAAGUGGAGCAAUGGGGGAUGUAUAUGACGGAAUAUAUGGAGAUGGUGGAAGGAAUAGUAGUUCAUCGAAACGAUUAAGUAAUAUAGGAGUUAUUGGAAAUACUGAUGAAUUAUCACUUGAAGAAGAAAAUGAUACAACAUUUUCGGAAUUUGAUUUAGAAGAAAAUAUAGCAGCAUUUUCAGAAUUUGAUUUUGGAGGAAUUUAUCCGCAAGCAGGUAUAAAUAUCGGAAUUGAACCUGAAUUAUUGACGACAACAUCAGGUUUUACGUUUGAUACUUUUCAAAGAAGUAGAGACAUGGAAACAGCUUUGGAGAUGGAUAGUACAACCGUGAGAUCAUCUCAAACUAUUAAUACGCAGAUAGGGAACAGUGAAGAUAAUCAAGAAAGUGAUGAGUAA